AUGGAGAAACGAAGGCUGCAGCUAUUCAGGGGUGAAUCAGUUUUCCAACACCCGUAUGUUUUCUUAGUUACAGUGAUAUUAAGUAUUAUCUUCAUAGACCCAUUUCGUAUAGGACCAUUAGGUGAUCACGAUUAUAAGCCUGUGAAACACGAUGUCGCGUCGUAUAAAAAAGUCAUGGAGAAUUGGCCUGCAGACAAUCGAAGCCGGUUAGGAUACGGGAAAUUGGAAUUUGUAGACCAAGUUUAUGGACCAGAGUCCUUAGAGUUUGAUCGUUCAGGACGAGGACCUUACACUGGUUUAGCAGACGGUCGUGUUGUUCGAUGGAUGGGUGAUGCUUUUGGAUGGGAGACUUUUGCCGUCGUUACACUAAAUUGGUCUGAGAAGCUUUGUGCAAAUGGAAACAAAUCAACAACACCAACACAAUCAAAGUUUGAACAUCGUUGCGGCCGUCCCUUGGGCUUAAGGUUUGAUACCAAGACCGGAGACUUAUACAUUGCGGAUGCUUAUUACGGACUUUUGGUUGUUGGACCAGAAGGAGGUCUUGCGACUCCUUUGGCAACUCAUGAUGUAGAAGGAAACCCCAUUUUGUUUGCAAAUGACUUGGAUAUCCAUUCAAACGGAUCUAUUUUUUUCACUGAUACAAGCAAGAGAUACAACAGAUUGAACCAUUUCUUGAUCUUGCUGGAAGGAGAAGCAACAGGAAGACUACUUAGAUAUGACCCUAAUACUAAAGAGACUCAUGUAGUCAGGGAUGGUUUAGCAUUUCCUAAUGGAGUUCAAUUGUCUAAAGAUGAAUCAUUUCUCCUCUUCACUGAGACAACCAAUUGUAGGGUGAUUAAGUAUUGGUUGGAAGGUCCUCUAAAGGGAAAGGACUACAUUUUUGCUAAUUUACCAGGGUUUCCGGAUAACAUAAGAUUAAACGAUAAAGGCCAAUUUUGGGUUGCAAUUGAUUGUUGCAGAACCCCGGCGCAAGAAGUUUUAUCAAAUAAUCCUUUGAUAAGAAGCAUCUAUUUCCGGUUACCGUUUAAAAUGAGCUUUUUGGCGCGGUUGAUGGGAAUGGACAUGUACACAGUAAUUUCUCUGUUCAAUGAGAACGGAGAAAUUUUAGAAGUUCUUGAAGAUAAAAAAGGUGUCGUUAUGAAAUUGGUUAGUGAAGUUAGAGAAGUAAAUGGAAAGUUGUGGAUUGGCACUGUUGUUCAUAACCACAUUGCAACUCUUCCUUACCCUUAA